CUGGUUAAACCAUGAUAGCGACCGGCACUUGUUUCAUGAGGGGCGAAGAAGCAGAACAGGAAAGUUCUGUCCAAGGGAUCGUCACUUUCGAAUGGGAUGAAACUGAAGAAGUGCUCAUAAAAGGGACCAUUGAGGGACUGAAACCAGGAAAGCAUGGUCUUUAUAUUUCAGCAUUGGGAAAUGUUUCUACUGGCUACACUAGUUCAGGAGUGCAUUAUAAUCCCUGUGAGAAAAAACACGGUGGACCACAAGAUGAUGAGAGGCAUGUUGGUGACCUGGGUAACAUUGAAGCUAAUGAUGAUGGAGUUGCGAAGUUUGAAAUGCAUGAUCGACUCCUUCGUUUGGCAGGAAAUUAUUCAGUAAUUGGACGCACUUUGGUGAGGAGAAUAUAGGACAAAGGUGUGAAGUCUGUGUCUCAGAGGACCUAUCUACUAAGUCUUCCAGGAUCCAACCAUUAGAUCAUCCCUUAAUGGUCAAGUAGAUACCAAGCUCGUGACUACUAAGAUCUGCC